AUAGGUGCGACACGGACAUGUAAACAAUUAGCAGUGAGGACCGCUAUGUAUUUUUAUUUCGAUAGGAUAAAUUUAGUUUGGCAUUUUGUUAUUUGACAUGCACUAACGGUUCUGAAUCGCGGUCAAACGUCACUGACACGUAACUCUUUGAAAAUGAUAUACCAUAUUCCCUGGCUCCACACACCAGUGAGGACUGUCUUGGCAAUCUGGCACCAGCUGACCAAAAGCGAGAUCCCAGAGCUGGCCAAGGGCUCUGUGCUGAUGAGGGAACGCAGAAGAGUGGAGGAGACCAUCCAUGCCAUGAAGCAAGCCGGUGCAGGAAGCCUGCAGGUUAUCUCAGACUUUGACAUGACACUCACCAGAUUUUCUCAUGAUGGCAAGAGAGUGCCAACCACUCACAACAUCCUUGAAAACCGGUUGUUGAUGAAUGAAGACAGCACAAAAAAGAUGAGGGACCUGUUAAACACCUAUUAUCCCAUAGAAAUUGAUGCGAGCCGCAGCAUCGAGGAGAAGCUGCCUUUAAUGGUGGAGUGGUGGACUAAAGUCCAUGAGCUGCUGAUUCAGCAGAGGAUCAGAAAAGACAUGCUCGCCCAGGCUGUGAAAGUCUCCGGCACCAUGCUCAGGGAUGACUGCAGACUGUUAUUUGACCGUCUGGCCGAGCAGCAGGUCCCUCUGCUGAUCUUCUCCGCUGGCGUUGGUGAUGUGCUGGAGGAGGUGAUCCAACAGAACCACGUCUUCCAUUCCAACGUUCACAUCAUCUCCAACUACAUGGACUUUGACCACACUGGGGUCCUGCAAGCGUUUAAAGGCCAGCUGAUCCACACCUACAACAAGAGGGAAGGUGCUGUGCACGCGGCCGGCCUGAGAGCGCUGCAGGGGAGACCCAACGUGCUGCUGCUGGGAGACUCUCUGGGGGACUUGACCAUGGCCGACGGGGUUUCCCAACCCCACAACAUCCUGACCAUCGGGUUCCUCAAUGACCAGGUGGAAGAAAGAAAAGAGUCCUAUGUCAACGCGUUUGACAUUGUGCUGGUCAAGGAUGAGACAAUGGACAUUCCAAAUGCCAUCCUCAGUCACAUUACCUCAUCAAGAAAGAAACAAUAAGUAAGCUGCAAAUGGAGAACAUAAACACUAAGUUAAGAAAUGAAUAGACAUGAACUUGUUCAGUGCAGUCACUUAGUUGCAUGUACAACCAACUCACAUGGAGACCUCAAGCCAGAGUUCAAGAUUAUUCUUCCUGCAGCUCACUCACACUCUUUACCUCUAGUCUACAUUAAAUAAUGUGCACUUUCCUCUAAGUCAAAGGCAAAAUAUCAAAGUCUCAAGGUUUUACAGGAAAUACAUCAGCCUGAGCUUUGAGCAGUUUUGUUUUCCCUUUGGGAGAGUAGCGUAAACCUAAAAAUGUGGCACCAUGACUCAGAUUUAUAAAGAUAAUCGUGUCAGAAACUGUUAUUUAUUUUUUAACUUCUUUUAACAAAGAACAAAAUAUUUUAGUUUGGUUUUAAGGAGGGGCUUUAAAUUAGGAUGUGGUUUUCUUGAAUUCAACCAUAGACGUAAAAUCUUUUUUUGUCCAUUUCUCAUUUCACUGAAGAGUUUUGAUACGGUUCUGUCUUUUCCAUGUACGUGUAGCAUCUCUCUGCAAGUACUCUGUGAAAGUUUUAACACACUCCUCAUACAAAUCUGUUUACACUACUCACAGGCUGCGGCCAAACUUUGUCUUCAAUUUUUUAAUAAUAAGAGAAACACAUUAUCUCAGAAAACAUAGUGCUGCCAGUGUUUUGUUUU